AUGAAGUUGAAUGACAAGUUUGCAAAGUUCCUUAGUGUGAUGAAGAAUUUGCACAUAAUCCUCCCUUUCAUCGAAGUUGUCACACAAAUGCCUUCAUACUCCAAGUUCCUCAAGGAUAUUUUCACCAACAAGAAGAAGCUCAAUGAUGAGCUCAUCACUCUUCCCCAUUCAGUGAGUGCACUUGUUCAACAUAAGAUGCCUAAGAAGCAAAAAGAUCUGGGAAGUUUAACUUUGCCGCUUAACAUUGAAAUGAUCCCUGCAAGGAAGACUAUCCAAUUAGCCGACCGUUUGGUGAAGUUACCUUGUGGUGAGCUUGAAGAUGUUCCUAUUCAAGUUGGGCAUAUUUGUGUGCCUUGUGAUUUUGUAAUGAUGGAUAUGGAUGAAGAUGUUGAUACUCCUUUGAUUUUGGGUCGUGAAGCUCUUAAGACUUUAGGGUUGGUGAUCAAUUACAAGAACAACAUCAUUACAUGUGAAGUUGGCGAUGAAAAGAUUGUGUUUGAGUUCUUUAAGUUACUUAAGACCCCAAUGGUUGAAAAAUGCUAUAGGGUUGAUGUUGUGAAUAAGGAGUUAGAUCGCUUGGGAAGGGUUGUGAUGAAGCCUCAAGAUCCAAUUGUUGAAACUCUUACAUGCAAGGAAGAGUAUCACUCUCAAGAAGCAAAAGAGUUCGUCAUGGCCAUAGAAGAAACCUAA